CGACCCAUGGCCAGUGACGGCGGGGCCAGGGGGCCCAGAGCCGGGUCAGGGGCACACGUGCGGGCGCUUCCGGAUUGCUGGAUGACGUCAAGGACGCCCGGGGGCGGAGCAGGGACUCCUGAGAUACCUCCAGUUCCUGACAAAGCGCUCACCACUUCUCACCGUUCCCCAGUUAUUCCCUUGGGUCUCCGUCCUUCGUGCACCCCCUGUCAAAUCCGUGAGCAAGGAGUGUUCUGCUCAGGCAUCUCCUCAGACUGCACGGGGUCAGCAACUCUCGCAAGAAGUGGAAGGGCUGGCAGAAGCACCUCUCAUCUUUGCCCCCUUUCUCUGAGCCCUGGACUCCCUGGUGUGGGCUGGCAGCAAAGGCAGAGAUACAGCCUAGGUAUUUUGUGCUCAGAGUGGGGGGAUGGCCAGAGAGCCUUUCUCCGUUCAUUGGAGCCUGGUGCCUUCCUGGCUGACCAGAGGAGCUCAGCAAUAAUUCAGGGGCUCCAGCUCUUUGGAACCUGUUGCCAGGAAACAGGGAGACAUGCACGUGCAUCCCUGGGGAGAGGAAUCGGUUUCCAGCCCAGACAAAGCAGAGAAAUGUAAGCCCAGGGUGCCAGCCAGGGGCUUUGAGACCUCCCCACUCCAGUUCACAGUUGAGUGGGGACAUAGGGCAGGCCCUGCUGAAGGCACAACUGGUAUGGCUACAGUCACAGGGGCACCAGUGUGGGUCUUGGGCCCAAGGACUUUAUAAAUGGACUUUGUGAAUGCAAGCAGAUUUUUUUUGGAGCCAUUCCAAGAGAUCAAAUUCAAGUACCCGUAGGGCCAGGAAGCGGGCCUCCGUGGAGAGAGAUGUCUCCAUUAUUCUUGGCCAAUAUGGGUCAAGACGAGGGGCUGAGGCCACAGAAGCCAGCUCUGUCCUGUCUCCACCCCAGACUCCUCUGGAUCAGCUCACCUGCCUGACAGUGUGCCAGCUGGGGAGGCUGGUGCAUCUUUAAUGAAGUCACCUGAUCCCUGGGACAGGCUCUGGGCCUCACCAAGUUCCUGGAGCCAGACCCGCUGGGUGCCCACUGAGUCACUGCCUUCCUGAGCUUGGGUGCCAGGUCUGUUUUCCCUGCAGCCAUGAACCAGGCCUUCUGGAAAACCUACAAGUCCAAAGUGUUACAGACCCUCAGUGGGGAAUCUGAGGAAGACCUGGCAGAGGAGAGAGGGAACCCAGCGUUAGUGGACUCUGAGCCGGCAGAACCUACCGAAGAGGCUUUCCAUCCCAUGUCCCAGUUGGCCCGCCGGGUUCAGGGGGUCGGGGUGAAAGGUUGGCUGACAAUGUCGUCUCUGUUUAACAAAGAAGAUGAGGACAAGCUGCUGCCACCGGAGCCCUGUGCCGACCACCCGCUGGCGGCGAAGUCCCCCUCGCAGGCGGUGGCCGCGGCGGAGGCGGAGCCGCGAGGGUCCGGAUUCUGGGACACGUUCGCCAGCAGGUGGCAGCAGCAGCAGGCGGCCGCCGCGUCAAUACUGCGCGGCGCCGAACCCACCCGGGAGCCGGACCCCGAAGCCGGGGACGAGGCCGCGGAGGAGGCCGCCGAACGCCCGGAGCCUGGGGAGGCCGACACCGUGGCCGGCUUCAAGUGGGGCUUCCUCACCCACAAACUGGCCGAGAUGAGGGUGAAGGCUGCGCCCAAGGGUGACUAGACGACCGGUCCAACAAGGCUCCCGCUCUUCCCCUC